GGAGCGGAGGCAAUUCCGGAAAUUCGCGCACCGCUGAAGUCUCUCCCGUAGUUUGUGCCUGGAUACAAUCGUCGUAGAGCAUUUCAUUUGCAAUAAAGGUGAGGCGAAUAUGGCGACGUUGGGACCAGACCCUCGUCCACAUUCCCAGCUCGCAUCUGCCUCUAUACAAAGUAACAUUAGCGGCAAUACCGUGCCAACUAACCGCGGCUUGGAAAGAGCGUUGGAAGAAGGAGCGAACUCCGGGUUUUUUAACCUCAGCGCCAGGAAACUCAAAGAAUUCCCUAGGACAGCAUCUAAUUUUGACUUAUCAGAUACAGUGGAAGCAGACCUGUCAAGGAAUCGUUUGGCGGAGGUCCCCUUGGAGGUGUGUCACCUGGUCGCCUUGGAAUCGCUGAACCUCUAUCACAACUGUAUCAAAACUAUUCCUGACACCAUCAUCAACCUACAGUCACUCACCUCCUUAAACCUCAGUCGGAACCAGCUGUGUGCUCUGCCAGCCUGCCUGUGUGGGUUGCCCCUACGAGUCCUCAAUGCCAGCAACAACAAGCUGGUGUGUAUACCUGAGGCCAUCGGUCAGCUCAGGAGCCUCAUGGAGCUGGAUGUGAGCUGUAAUGAGAUCACUGCUCUGCCCCGUCACAUCGGCCGACUCAAGGCCCUCCGAGAACUCAACGUCCGCAGGAACCUGCUCUGUGUCCUUCCUGAAGACUUGGCGGAGCUUCCCCUGGUGAAGUUUGACUUUUCCUGUAACAAGGUGUCUACCAUCCCAGUGAGCUACAGGAAGAUGGCCCAGCUCCAGAACCUACAGCUGGAGAACAACCCCCUACAGAGCCCCCCUGCACAGAUCUGCAUGAAAGGCAAAGUUCACAUAUUUAAGUACCUGAGCAUCGAGGCAUGUCGAAGUGACAAGAUGCCUGAUUCUCUCUACCUGCCUGUCAUGGAGCGCCUCAGCCUAUCACGACCCGCCACCGGCAGCACGGAGGACAUUGACCAGAAUAAGAAACAGGACACUGACUCAGGAGUUGGCAGCGACAACGGGGACAAGAGACUGUCUGCCACCGAGCCUUCAGAUGAGGACAGCUUGAGUCUCAAUGUCCCCAUGUCCCACAUCACAGAGGAGGAGGGGCUAAGCAAAGACGACUCCAGCGAACACAUCAGCGCUCUAACAGCGGACCCCCACGGGGACGGGGUGCAACUGAUAGAGGAGAGCCCAACAGAGGCCCUGAAAGACCUGAAGGAACAGUUAGGCUACAGAGACUCCUCUUCGGCUCUCAGCAACCGCUUCCGCAGCUACAUCAAGGGACGGACGCCAGACUACGACGAGCCCCUCAGGAUAGAGGAAGACACACACUGGGCCUCUGAACAGACGUCAAAGGUCACAGAAGGAACGCACAUUGCCAUGAUCAACCAGCUGAAGGAGGCUGUGGACCUACUACAAGACCCUAACAGAGUGAGUAUGGAAACAGAGGACCUAUCUGGAGUUCAGCUUUACCCUGUUGAGAUGGUCAUGGUGGAAGACUCUCUCAAUGGCCAAGAUAGUGACGGCAGUGAAGAACAAACCACACCCAAGUGGGACACUCCCGAUGGAGGCUUUGAGUUCCAGAAGAAACGAGAGUUGAUUCUAGAGAGGGCCAGGCUGGAGGCCCAGCUUGCAUACCAACAAUAUGAGACACAUAUGUCCAACCAGGGAGAAGACAGAAUUCCAGGCAGCGGUCCCACGUUUACCACUCCUCCCACCCCUCCCUUCGGGUUGAAGCCCCGCUCGGCCCCUGCCUCACUGCCCUGCUUGCCCCAGCCCUGUCUCCGCCCCCUCCUCACACAGGCCCUGUCCGUCGAUAAAGACACUCCCCCUAGACCAGGCGAUGGAGUCAUGCACAGCAGUGUGUUCCUGAGGACCCAUAAGAGUCUGGAGUCUGUGGAUCCUCAGUUCACCAUGAGGAGGAAGAUGGAACAGCUGAGAGAAGAGCUGGAGCUGAUGGAACAGCUCAGAGAGAGUAUAGAGAGCAGACUGAAGGUGGCUCUUCCUGAAGACCUCGGCUCCUCCCUCAUGGACGGGGUGGUGCUCUGCCAUCUGGCCAAUCACAUUCGCCCACGCUCCGUGGCCAGCAUCCAUGUGCCCUCGUCCGCUGUGCCCAAACUCAGCAUGGCCAAGUGUCGGAGGAACGUGGAGAACUUCCUGGAUGCCUGUAGGAAGAUGGGCGUUCCCGAGGAUAAGCUGUGUCUGCCUCAUCACAUACUAGAGGAGAAGGGUAUGAUAAAGGUGAGCAUGACAGUUCAGGCGCUGGUGGAUGAGACUUCAACCAAGCAGGCUCUCUUCACGUGAGAGGGAAGAAGACCAACACACCAACAUAGACACACCACUUUGUCAAAGUGAACCAACACAAGUUGCCAUUAUGCCUUUUCCAAAGGACUGUAGCCUAUAUCUCAGUCUUCCUUUCGUGAUUCUUACAACCAGAGUUUGAAGUUACACAUUGAUGCGUGGGGUGCCCUGACAUGCAAAGCUGACAGGGAUGUCCGCAUUGAUGUUUUUUAAUUCUUACGAGAGCAUCCAGCAGCCUUGGACACUCCUGUAGCUUGAACCCUGCCUACAACAGCUUCUAGAAUGCUGCACCGUGUAUGUUUGACUAUGCAUUUCACCCCUCUAUUCCUAAGGCCAGGUAUAUCACCCUCAGUAUUGAGAAUUGUAUUGAGAAUAGACACUCCAGCAUAGCGGUCUCUCUGCUACAGCUUCCCUAUUUCAAGAUAUUUACAAUGAACGUGACUGAGAGUAUACAUUGAAAAGAAUCCCCCAAAUAUUUCACUAAUAGGUAAUAUAUUUUAGGUUUAGUUCUGUAUAUUGUAUUAUGUUUUACUUUAAAUGGAUCUCUCACCACCUCUGUAGGGGUUGAAGUAUUGUCUUAACAUUAUGGGAACAUUGUGUUUUGGUUGUUGAAUCAGGAGUGGUUGUGGGUAUGUAACUCAGGGUAGGUGUGGGCUUACUACACUGUCAUGCUUCAUUCCGUAGCCUGCUUCUCGGUCUAUGGUAUUACUCUAACAUUGUGUGUGUGCCUGACUGCAUGCGUGUGUGUCAAAGAGAGUGACACGAGUCAUAGUUAGCCAGAAUGAAAAAGAGGGUUUGCAUUCCCUAGUACAUUGUAUACCUCUAAAUAACCUCUAGAAGCGUGGGGUGAUGCUGACCAUGCUAGGUGGUCAUGUAGGACCUACAAUGUUAGCGUUUAAAAGUAACUGAUACAUUCACUGAUUUAGAGACUGUUAGCAGUAUCUGAAGAGUUGAUGCUUGAGCGCCCAAUAUCCCACUACUACACAAAACAGCAGAACACUCCAAAAUAAGAAUACUAAGUGUGUGUGAGUGAGCAAUGGUGUUGGGCUUUUUAUUGUACAGAUAUGCAUUUUAUACAGCUUGGUAUCCAAAGCAUAAGCUUUAGCAGUAAAAACAAACAAAUGUUUCACUGGAUAGAUUUGACAGUUGCCAAAACUAAACUGUUUUUUCAGAGCACUUAUGAGACAGCAAUUCAUUAAAGCUAGAAUCCUUAAUUGAAACAAUGACAGAGGCCAUCACGACUUUGUUUUGGUAAAAAGCUGAGGGAUGGGCCUGAAUAAAUGUAACCACUCUCAAAUUCAUAGACAGCUAUGAAUGCAAGGUUUGACCAGCCAUGAUAUAAAAAUUUGUUUUAACCAUGUUUUGAACCUAUACUGUGUUUGUUUACAUUGACAUUGUUUACAAACAUUGGGAGUAAAACAA